AUGCCAUCUUAAAUCGAUGUCUUUUAAUUAACACAUACAUCAACAGAUGAUGAAAUCUAAUUAUGUGUUGAAUGGAUUAAGGCUUAAUUGAAAGCAAAACAGACAGUUACAUUGUUAGUUAAGAAAUGUUAGAGACAAGAAUUAAUACCAUAAGUAACUGUAGAUAUAGUGACUAUGAUUUAAUAAAAAAUUAAGUAAUUAAGUCAAGAUCCAUAAACUCGGUUGAGUGAAGUUUAAGAAUUACUAUAAAUUUAUAACUAGAAAGGAGUUAAGAAUCAAACUAUUUUGAUUUAAUUAUAUGUAAAAGAUUGUAAUUAAACUUAGAUUGAACUUGCAAAUGCCAAAUAACCUGAUGCUUAAGAUAAAGCUAUUGAAUUAUUAUGUAAAGUAGAUGAGAAAAUAAGAAAAUAAUUUACAUCAUAAUUUUCUUAAUUUUUAAAAGAAAAAAUUAAAUAACUUAUAGAAAAUGGACAAUAGGAAGCAAAUCAAUAAAAUUUUAAAGAAGCUUUGGCAUUGUAUUAGAAAGCUUAAGAAUUAAAUAAUUAUUAUGAAGAAAAAGAUACAACUAUAUAGUUAAAUGUAAAAAUUUAAUGAAAUCUAGAUACAAUUAGGAAAUGCCUAUCAUUCUUUAAAAUAAUAUGAUGAUGCUUUAAAUGUAUGGGAAAAGUCUAUUAAAUACAUAUAAAGUUAAUCAUAAUAAUAAUAGUUCUAAAAUGAAUUAAUUUACAUGUAUAAUACUGUUGGAUAAAUUUAUUAUGACAAAAAAUAAAAUAAUAAAGCAACUUCAUAUUGGGAUUCAGCAAUCAGUAUAUUAGAAUAAUAGAAUGAAUAAGAGAAAUUAGAAUAAUAAUCAAAAUAAUUAUUAGGACAUUUAUUAAAUAAUGUAGGGAUGAUAUACUAUUAAAAAGGAGAAGUAAAGAAAGCUAUUUAAAAUUUUUAAAAAACUAUAGAAGUUUAUGAGAGUAUUUAUGGGAAAGGUCAUAUAAGUGUUGGAAAUCGUUUAAAUAAUUUAGGUGAAGCAUAUAGAAGUGAUAAACAAUAUGAUAAAGCUUUGGAAAUGUUCAAUAAAGCAUUAAGUAUAAAGAAAGCCGAACUUCAAGUACAACCUUCAAAAAGUUUAGCUAGUACUAUAAAUAAUAUAGGUAUGACUUUGCAAAAUAAAUAAUCAUAUGAUGAAGCAAUUGAUUAUUUCAAAUAAGCUUUAUAAAUGUAUAAUGAGCCAGGUGUUUUUAGUGAUCCUAAUGCUGGAGAUGCUGCUUUAUAAAAGAGUAAUACAAUGCAUAGUAUUGCUGAAUGUUAUAGAGCAUUACAUAAUUUGGAUUUAUGUAUCUAAUAUUUUAGAGAUGCAUAUAAAUACAAAGCAUAAGAAUUGAAAAUAUUCCAUAAAUCAACACAGCAUACAGCAAUUUAAUUGGCAUCAGCAUUAUUUUAAAAAAACUAAUUUGAAGAAUCUUUGAAAAUUUUUGAGGAAGUCUUGGAUGGUUAGAAACAAGUCUAUGGAUAAGAUUCUCAGAUAGUAGCUUAGACAAUCAAUAAUAUAGGAACUGUUUUAUCAGAAUUAAAAUAAUAUUAAAAGGCUUUGGAGAAAGUUUAAGAGGCAAUUAGAAUAUUCGAAAAGAAAUUAGAUAAAAGUGAUCCAUAUCUUUAAAAAGCAUACGAUAAUAUGAAAAAUAUAAAAUAAAAAUUACUGGAAUGA